GCUGCUCUGCCAUGGCGGCGGGCGGCCGUAAGUGGUUCCGUGCUCUAGCGCUCGGCGUCUCCUUCCUCAAGUGCCUCCUCAUCCCCGCCUAUUAUUCCACAGAUUUUGAAGUGCAUAGGAAUUGGCUCGCCAUCACUUACAACUUGCCCAUCUCUGAGUGGUACUAUGAAGCAACUUCAGAAUGGACCCUGGAUUAUCCACCUUUUUUUGCUUGGUUUGAGUAUGCACUUUCCCAUGUUGCCCAGUACUUUGACCCCAAGAUGUUGGUCAUUGAGAACCUAAACUACACCAGCCACGCAACCAUCUUCUUCCAAAGGUUCUCUGUCAUCUUUACAGAUCUUGUGUUCAUCUAUGCAGUUCGUGAGUGGUGCAAGUGCAUGGGUGGAAAGCGAGCUGUAAAGAAUACCCUGGAAAAGCCAGCCUUUAUUCUUGCUGCUCUGCUGCUGUGGAAUUUUGGGUUGUUAAUUGUGGAUCAUAUUCACUUUCAGUACAAUGGCUUUCUCUCUGGGCUGAUGCUCCUUUCUGUCGUCCGAAUAUGUCAGAGAAGCUACUUGGAGGGUGCUUUUUUCUUUGCUCUUCUUCUGCAUUUAAAGCACAUCUACAUAUAUGUGGCCCCAGCAUAUGGCAUUUACUUGCUGCGAUCCUAUUGCUUUACUGCAAACAAUGCAGAUGGAUCCCUGAAGUGGAGAAGUUUCAGCUUUCUUCAUGUGUCUCUUCUGGGAUUGGUUGUCAGUCUCAUUUCUGCUCUUUCCUUGGGCCCCUUCAUAGUACUGGGCCAGCUGCCUCAAGUCCUUCACCGGCUUUUUCCUUUCAAGAGAGGUCUCUGCCAUGCUUAUUGGGCCCCCAACUUCUGGGCUUUGUACAACGCUGUGGAUAAAGCACUAACUAUUUUUGGUUUACAGUGUAAUGUGCUUGAUCCUACAAAAAUUCCUAAAGCCUCAAUGACAGGAGGGCUGGUUCAAGAGUUUGAACAUACUGUCCUCCCUUCUGUGACUCCACUGGCAACAUUAAUCUGUACUUUCAUAUCUAUAUUGCCCUCUGUUUUCUGUCUUUGGUUUAAACCUCAAGGGCCCAGAGGCUUUCUGCAGUGCCUUGUUCUUUGUGCGUUGAGCUCCUUCAUGUUUGGGUGGCACGUGCAUGAGAAAGCAAUACUCCUCGCUAUUCUGCCCCUAAGCUUGUUGUCUGUUCAGAGAGCAAAGGAUGCUGGCAUCUACUUGAUUCUGACAACCACAGGGCACUUCUCACUUUUUCCAUUGUUGUUCACACCAGCAGAGCUUCCACUUAAAAUACUGCUUAUGCUGCUGUUUACUGUUUAUAGCUUCUCUUCCUUGAAAUCUCUGUUCAGGAGAGAGAGGCCUCUCCUUAACUGGCUUGAAACAAUCUACCUCAUCCAACUAGUGCCUUUGGAAAUCUUCUGUGAAAUUAUAUUCCCUCUGACCCCCUGGAAACAGCAUUUUCCUUUUGUCCCUCUGUUGCUGACCUCUGUGUACUGUGCUCUGGGUGUCACCUAUGCUUGGCUGAAACUCUACAUCUCAGUCCUGACCGAGAGAGUUCCUCUGAGACACAAGGUUGAGUAAAACUGCAGUGUUGGGACCAGUCCCAGGUUAUCCCUUUUGAGGGGAUUAUCUGGCACAGUGGGGGAUGUCCAACUUUUUAUAGGACACAACUUACUUGUACCAUUGCCAUCAGGGGAGCUUUUCUUCCAACACUUCUGUACUGCCCAACAAGGAUACCUCUGAUCAGAAGCACUCCUCAUAAUACCGUGGGGCACAGGGAGAUGCAACUUGCCGUGGAUAAAACUGUGAAGCUUAACGAGGUCCAGACUUCCGUCCCAAGGAAAACCUGCCCAGCUUUCCCAUUAUUGUUUGUAUUUGAAUAAAAUUCACUGUGGCAAAUGACCAGGGAUCACUGCCCUGUAGAAGAGAGCAUUGCAACUGCUUUCUGUGGAACAUGUAAAUUAAA